UGCUCGCUGCGCCCCUCGCCGCCGCCGCCGCCCUCCUGCCGCCGCUUGUCCCUUGGAACCGCCGCCUAAGUCGGGGAGGAGAGAAUGACCGAGGUGCUGUGGCCGGCGGUCCCCAACGGGACGGACACUGCCUUCCUGGCCGACCCUGGUUCGCCCUGGGCAAACAGCACAGUGACUUCCACCGCCGCCGUCGCCAGCCCGUUCAAAUGCGCGCUGACCAAGACCGGCUUCCAGUUCUACUACCUGCCAGCUGUCUACAUCUUGGUGUUCAUUAUCGGCUUCCUGGGCAACAGCGUGGCCAUCUGGAUGUUCGUCUUCCACAUGAAGCCGUGGAGCGGCAUCUCCGUGUACAUGUUCAACUUGGCCCUGGCAGACUUCUUGUACGUGCUGACUCUGCCGGCGCUCAUCUUCUACUACUUCAAUAAGACCGACUGGAUCUUCGGGGAUGCCAUGUGCAAGCUGCAGAGGUUCAUCUUCCACGUGAACCUCUAUGGCAGCAUCUUAUUCCUGACCUGCAUUAGCGCGCACCGGUACAGCGGCGUGGUGUACCCGCUCAAGUCCCUGGGUAGGCUCAAGAAGAAGAACGCGGUCUAUAUUAGCGUGCUGGUGUGGCUCAUCGUGGUGGUGGGCAUCUCCCCCAUCCUCUUCUACUCUGGCACCGGGAUCCGGAAAAACAAAACCAUCACCUGCUAUGACACCACCUCAGACGAGUACCUGCGAAGCUAUUUCAUCUAUAGUAUGUGCACGACCGUGGCCAUGUUCUGUGUCCCCUUGGUGCUGAUUUUGGGCUGUUACGGAUUAAUUGUGAGAGCUCUGAUUUACAAAGACCUGGACAACUCGCCUCUGAGGAGGAAAUCCAUUUACCUGGUGAUUAUUGUACUGACUGUUUUUGCUGUGUCUUACAUCCCUUUCCACGUGAUGAAAACAAUGAAUUUGAGGGCCCGGCUGGAUUUUCAGACCCCAGAAAUGUGUGCUUUCAAUGAUAGGGUGUAUGCCACUUACCAGGUGACAAGAGGUCUAGCAAGUCUCAACAGUUGUGUGGACCCCAUUCUCUAUUUCUUGGCAGGAGAUACUUUCAGAAGGAGACUCUCCCGAGCCACCAGGAAAGCUUCCAGAAGAAGUGAGGCAAACUUGCAGUCCAAGAGUGAAGACAUGACACUCAAUAUUUUAUCAGAGUUCAAGCAGAAUGGAGAUACAAGCUUGUGAAGAUGCAGGAAUCCCCAAACACCCACUUUGUAACAUGGUCUGAAGAUGCCCAGCCUGGUUUACAGUAUAUGUUAGGUACAUUGAUUGAGCUUCCAGGGAACUUUCUUUUGGAGUGUGGCUCCAGUGUGGAGGUAAACAGGGACAAGAAAUGCCCUUUUACUUCUUGACAUGCUGUUUCCACAGUGUUUCUUCCUUAGCAUCAUACAUCAUGUAGUGGACAAUGAUGACAUGCGGUUGCCUGCCUAAUAGUGACAAGAAUGAUCUCUCUAACCCCUUCCAGGCACGAAGUGGUCUCUGGGAUGAGUCUGCUAAUGAUGAAAACAUACCGAGGGUCAAGAUAAAGCAGUGACCUAUUGGCUGAAGGUCUGAUUCAUGACUUAAGAUAAAGAGUGGGUAUUUUACCAGUAAAGGCAGAAAUCUGCUAGCAUUUUGGUAAAAAGGAAAGCUAAAAUUAUAGAAUGUAACAAUUAACUAAAUUUCACACUACAAAACUGAAUGCCAAAGUGUUUUAUGGCUCAUCAGUUGGCAACUUUGACCCAUUGAACAUCAGUGUGUGUGUUUGCACUGAAAUGCUAAACACACAGACCCAGGAGAUACAGCAUGAGAGUAGAAUUUGGAGUUAAAAUGCUGAUAUUGCCCAUUGGCCAGCUGUGGGACUUCUUGA